CGCCUGAAUCCGGAGAACCUGCAGCCCUGUAAUGGGUUUUACAUGGGUUCUUCGGAUUCAGAAGGUGAGGAGGAAACAGAGAAGUCUUGUUCUUUAAACACCAGGAGAAGAUUGAUUUCGUUUGCAGUGGUUGCCCCAACUGGAAAAAGAUUACAGGAUUUGAAGGAAUAGAAUCCCUGGUAUACCAUGUUCUCAGUUUCUGGAAUGUUAUGAAUUAUCUGUUCUUGGUGGAUAUAGUAAUUGUAUAUUGGAUGCAGCAGAGUGUCUGUUUAUCUGGGUUUUCAAUGGAGUAGAGAUUUUGGUAUCUAGAGAUCAAAUAUUAGCAGAAUAUAGUAAUUCUUCUGCAAUUGGAUCAAUGGAGACGCCACGCAGGAAGAAGAUGACUAAACAAUUGACUGGGAAACGUGACGAUACUCCCCUGCAUUCGGCAGCACGGGCAGGGAACCUAUCCGUGGUUAUGGAAAUUCUCACCGGGACAGAAGAGGAAGCCCUGAAGGAAUUGUUGUUGAAACAGAAUCAAUCAGGAGAAACAGCCCUUUAUGUUGCUGCUGAAUAUGGUUAUGUUGAUGUGGUGGAGAUGAUGAUCAAGUACUAUGAUAUUGUAUCUGCAAGCAUCAAAGCCAGGAAUAGUUAUGAUGCAUUUCACAUUGCUGCCAAGCAAGGGGACCUGGAGGUUGUGAAGGUUCUGUUUAAAGCCCUACCAGAGCUGUCUAUGACUGUUGAUCUAUCAAAUACCACAGCUUUGCAUUCAGCUGCAGCACAAGGCCACAUUGAGAUGGUAAAUUUCCUCUUGGAGGAAGGUAGUAAUCUAGCCACCAUAGCAAAAAGCAAUGGGAAAACGGCCCUGCAUUCUGCAGCAAGGAAUGGGCAUUUGGAGGUAGUGAAAGCACUUCUAAGCAAAGAACCUGGGAUUGCUGGAAGGAAUGACAAGAAGGGGCAAACAGCUCUCCAUAUGGCAGUGAAAGGACUUAAACUUGAGCUGGUGGAGGAACUUAUCAAGACAGACCCUUCUUUGAUCAACAUGGUUGACACCAAGGGCAACACAGCAUUGCAUGUAGCAUCCAGGAAGGGUCGGGCUCAGAUUGUAAGGGAAGUACUAAGCCACAAUGUGACUGAUAAGAAAGCUGUCAAUAGAUCGGAGGAAACAGCCCUUGACACUGCUGAGAAGAUGGGUUACUCUGAAAUAAUGGUUAUCUUACAGCAGCAUGGUGUCCCGAGUGGCAGGGCAAUCAAGCCAACACAGAGGAGCACAACUCGAGAACUAAAACAGACUGUGAGCGACAUAAAGCAUGAGGUCCAUUACCAGCUUGAGCAAACCCGCAACACAAGGAAACACAUGCAAGGGAUUACCCGUCGGAUCAACAAAAUGCAUGCAGAGGGCCUCAACAAUGCAAUCAACUCCACCACUGUUGUUGCUGUCCUCAUUGCCACUGUUGCUUUUGCUGCCAUCUUCACUGUCCCCGGCCAGUAUGUUGAUGACCCUAAUGACAUUCCACCUGGGCUCUCCCUUGGGGAAGCAAACAUUGCUAAAGGGGCACCUUUCAUGAUCUUCUUCAUUUUUGACUCCAUUGCUCUUUUCAUUUCCCUGGCUGUGGUGGUGGUACAGACUUCAGUUGUAGUAAUAGAGAGCAAAGCCAAGAAACAGAUGAUGGCAAUUAUUAACAAGCUAAUGUGGUUGGCUUGUGUUCUUGUGUCUGUGGCAUUCUUGGCAUUGUCAUUUGUGGUGGUAGGCACCCAUGAGAGGUGGUUGGCAUUUGGAGUGACAAUCAUAGGGAUACUAAUCCUGGCAACAACACUCUGCACCAUGUGUUACUGGGUAAUAAUGGACAGAAUUGAAGACUCAAAUUUGAGGAGCAUCAGGAAAUCAUCACUGGGCAGCAGGUCACGGUCCUGGUCCGUGUCUGUGGUCUCAGAUCCAGACAUCCUUAACACUGAGUACAAGAAGAUGUAUGCAAUUUGAGUGAGAUCAGCCGGUCAGUAUUCAGUUUUGUUAUUUUUUU